AUUCAAAGCAAGAGUUUACAAGUAUUGUAACACCAAAAAAAGUAUUGUGAGAAAAACAUCCAAGAAAUAGAAUAUUUUUUGAAUAUUUUAUAAACUCAAAUUUUAGUUUAACUAUUUUUUUCUUACGAUUUUUUGUUGUUUUCGUAAAGGGAAAAUUAUAUAAACCAUCAUUAAAAAAGGAAAAGAAAAUGCACCUCAACGAUCGCAGAGCCGCUCACGCUCUAAACACAUGUUUCCAUUUUUAUUAAUUACCUGACUCCCUAAUCCAAAACCAAAUCCACCCGAUCUCAUUACCCUUACCGGUGCUUUUUCCAAUUCUGACGGAGCUCCGGCGUAAGGAAAAUGGACGGGUUCGGGUCGAAUCAGAGGACGCUCGCUGUUGAUCGAUGGAUGGAGAUCGUUAACGGUAAGGGUUACGGCGUCGGUGGAGCGACCCGAUCCGACUCGUCCGGUUUACAAUCGUCUAUUCCGCCUCCGCCGGGAGCAGUUACGACGGCGCAUACGGCUGCUCCUGCCUCGUGGAGAUUCAUCGACCCGGAAACGAAGAGGAAGACGAGAAUCGCGACGUACAAGGCUUACGUGAUGGAAAGGAAAGUUAAAUCGACGGUGAAGAAAGGGUUUCGCUGGAUGAAGAACAGGUGCUCUCAGAUCAUAAAUGGAUGAUCAAUUUUUCGUUUCCUUCAAAUUCCGGCGGAUCGUGCCUUGGGCUGUAGUUGGCGACAAUCUCCGGCGACAACAUUUUUUCUGAUGUCGAAGUGAGUUUUUGAUUUGAUUUUGAAAACAAUACAACGUCGUUGAAAACGAGUGUAAUUCGUCAAACAACGAUUCAGAUCUAACACGUUUGUGGCCCAAAUUAUUUUUUUUACUCUUAUUAUAAGCCCAAUUAUAAUUUCAUUUGAU